AUGAAACUCCCCAUCGUAGGCCUUUUAUUCUCACGCGGUUCUGCGCCCUUUAGCAAUUGGAACGACCGCGCUCAAACAUUCGGAGCCUCACCGCCCACGGUCUUCGAUAACCAAUCCAUCGAGAUUCUCCAACAGGCAAUAGCAGAGCCCAACGCCACGCGUCAAAUAUCGUUCCGCCCCUUUGAGGUCUUCUCAGGCAACGCUCGGCUGCUCGGACAAGACGAAUGGACAUGGCGCGUAAACAUAUCCGACUUCAGUCUUCCCCACCUCACCCAAAACACCACAGAGGCAAACCUAGGCCGAAACAUCACCGAACCGCACUACAUCGCCACCUCAUACUCCCUAUCCUGGCCCCUCGGAGGAAACCUUUCAUCCAGCGGUCUCCGCGGCUCUGAUUCUCCCUUUUGCGUAACGUCUCUAGACGUCGAGUUCUCUCCCAACGUCACCAACCUCUGGACCGAGGAGAAUGGCAACAGCACGGACUGCGAACCCGUCCUAGGCGAAGCAUGUCUCGAAGCCCUCCACGCCUCCGAUAAAUCCCUCACCCGAGAUAGCUGCGACGGAAGAAUGCCCUCGUGGAAGACUAUCCCGGAGUGUAAUACCACGUUCGGGUAUGGUGCCGUGAUUUAUGGAGCUAGGACGAGUAACCUCAACCCCAACGUAACGAGUAAUUCCACCCCAACGACGGGGGAGAGCACGUCGCCGGUCGCAAGUGGGAGUGAGAUUAUGGGGUUCGGGAGCGGGUUGGUUGAUGGCGGGGAUGCGAGGGAAGCGUAUCUGAAUGCCUCGAACCGCGUGCAGAUUCUGAUUUUCAAUACGUGGGUUGGGGAGGAGCGGUGGAAUAUCAAGUUGGCGAGGCCGAAUAUUCACUGUAUGAGGGUGAAUUCGACUCAGGUUGCGACGAGCAGCGCAUUUGGCUCGGUUUCUUCGAGUUGGGGGCCGUUGUUGGUUGCUGCUACGGUGAGCAUAUUCAUAUUGCUAGUUUAG